AACCGAGGCUGAGCACACAAGGGAACAAACUUCACUUUCAUUUGAGCUUCGUUUCGCUGCUCCAGCAGGAACCUCUGCCAUGAUGCACAAAUCCAUUUCCACCUUUUUACUGCAAUUAGCUUUGCUUUUUAUUCAGAUGAUGUGUCUGAAUGGUGAAGGCUUAGCACUGGUGCCCACUGAACUUGCUCCAGUUCCCUGCAAUGACAAAGCUGUGGAGAAGGUGUCUCGUCUGGCUCUCACUUACAUCAAUGAGGAUCGUGCUGAGGGGUAUAAAUUUGCCCUCAAUCGCGUUGCCAAUGUCCACCUACAUGCUCAGGGCCCAGCAGGCAAUGUGUAUUACCUGGACCUGGAUGUCCUGGAGACCAAGUGUCACAUAGGCAGUCCAAAACCAUGGAAACGCUGUGAUCUCAGACCAUUCAUGGAAACACAAAUCUCUGGUAACUGCAACACCACCAUCCUCCACACAUCGGAAGGUUACACCUACUUGUAUAGUUAUGACUGCACACUUGUGCCAGACCCCGCAGAGAAGCUGCAACAGACAUGUCCAACCUGCCCCAUCCUACUUCCUGUUGACAGUCCACAAGCUGUGCUGGCUGUUCAGGUCUCUCUGGCGUCCUAUAAGAGGCAGUCCACUCUGGGUGCAGGGCUCGGAGUGAAGCGGAUCACCAGAGCUGCGGAACAAACUCUGCCAGUGAAAGCCAGAUUUGUGGAAUAUACAGUUCAAGAGUGUCCAGAGGGAGUGACAGAAAGAGGCACCUGUCAGCAGUCGACACCCGCUUCGGACAUUGAGACUGCAGGCUUUUGUACAGCAUCUGUACAUGGAGACCUACAUGCUCAUCCAGACGUUCAAGUGUCCUGCGAGAUGUUCAAAAUACAGAAUGUGGAUGUCCUUCGCCCACUGCAACCACAAGGUCACAACCUCCCCAUACAGCCUCACAUCCCAACAUUACCUCCUUUCCAUUACCCAGAAAAAGAGCAGCAGCCUUCCCAUUCUGACCCCACACCAGUCCCUGAUCCUCAACCAGCACCAUUUGACCCCACACAGAUUCUCCCCGGUCCUGUGCACCCUACACUUAAUUCCCCAAUCAGCUUCUCCUCAUCUUCCAGUGAGUCUGCUGAAGAUUUUUUAGAUCGGCAGCCAUCAGUCAAUGGACCAUUUGACUCAUCCUCUGAAGAGAUAAGAGGCCCUCUGGCUUUACGUCCACCAUUGGACUUUCACUAUAAGAGGCAUGACCGCAAGAAACGGCAGGCCUUGACGGAAAGUUCACCAUCCCACAAACCAACAUUCCUGUCUGAUUUCCCAAGUGGACCAUCACCUUUCCGUUCCUGCCCUGGUCCUGCUCGAUACACCACAGUUUAAAGGGCCAGUUUGUUUGUGUGAUGUGUAUUUGAGUGAGGAUGACUUCCAGAGUAAAUACUCUGCUCUCUGAAGUCACUUAUCUACGCAAACAGCUUGUACCAAAAAGAGGGAUACUAUUUACAUGGACAACUAGACUUACUCACAACCUCGAAAGCAUGUUUUGCAACUCGAUUCGAAUGUAUGGAGAAUUUGAUAGAUGGAAUUGGAAGCAAUUAAAGUUUGGAUUUGAUCCUAA